UUAAUUGCCGAUUUGUUCUCUUCAAAACGUGUUCGACGAUUACUUUGGAACUGAUGGUGUGCUCUUCCUAUUAAGUGUAGUAUUGCAUCAUUUCAGGACUAUUUACAUUUUGUGUUAGGAUUUUAGUUUCAAUUAAACAUGAAAUUAAUUUGCAGUAAAACAAACCCACCUUUAGGUGGUAUUAUUACUGCUGAAUAUGUUAAACUUGCAUUCAAGCAGCCUCUGGAUCUAACAUGGGGUGAGGAAUCAUGUGUUGAAAAAGUAAAAUGUCGUACUGGAAAUGAUGUAUCCAGAGCUAUUGCUAGAUUGUUCUGUCAAGACUUGUAUGGAACAACAGCACUUGAAAUGACUAAUGUUGAUAACUGGCUGACAUUCUCUAUUGGAUCAUUUGCUUCCAAGGAGGGUUUUCAGAAGGGAUUAAAUGUCUUGAACACUGCCUUAGGACCAGUAACAUACUUAGCAAAUGAUAAACCCACUAUUGCAGAUUUUGCUGUUUUUGCAACAUUGCAUGUGAAUCCUCAAUGGCAGGAGCUUUUAAAGAACAAGAAUGCGCCCCAGAAUGUUCAAAGAUGGUACACCUUUAUUUUAUUACAAGAAGCUGUUCAAAAAACUCUUCAAGCACUGCCAGAUGAUGCAAAAGCAGCUUUGGUGCCUGUAGAUAAACCUUCUGGACAGCAAAAAACUAGAGCCAAGGAAGGAAAAUUUGUGGAAUUGCCUGGAGCAGAAAUGGGUAAAGUUGUUGUUAGAUUUCCUCCUGAAGCUUCUGGUUAUUUGCAUAUUGGUCAUGCAAAAGCUGCCCUUCUUAAUCAGUAUUAUCAAGAAGCUUUUAAAGGGAAACUGAUUAUGAGGUUUGAUGAUACCAACCCUGCUAAGGAAGAUUUACAUUUUGAAAAAGUCAUUUUGGAAGAUGUGGCCAUGUUGGAGAUUAAACCAGAUAUGUUUACACAUACCUCUCAGUAUUUUGAUCUCAUGUUGGAAUAUUGUGAGAAAUUGCUAAAAAAAGGCAAAGCAUAUGUUGAUGAUACAGAUGCAGAGUUAAUGAAAUCACAAAGGGAACAGAAGAUUGAAAGUGCAAACAGGACAAACUCCAUUGAAAAGAACUUUCAAUUAUGGGAGGAGAUGAAAAAGGGCACGCCAAAGGGUCAACAAUGUUGUGUGCGGGCGAAAAUCGACAUGCAAUCUGCCAAUGGUUGUUUAAGAGAUCCAACGAUAUACCGAUGCAAAAACGAGCCCCAUCCCAAAACUGGAGAUAAAUAUAAAGUUUAUCCAACGUACGAUUUUGCCUGUCCAAUUGUUGAUGCUAUUGAAGGAGUGACUCAUACCUUACGAACAAUGGAGUACCACGAUCGAGAUCCACAAUUUUACUGGUUCAUAGAUGCUCUGGGAUUAAGGAAACCAUACAUUUGGGAGUACAGCAGAUUAUCCAUGACAAACACUGUACUGAGUAAAAGAAAACUUACAUGGUUUGUGCAACAGGGAUUAGUUGAUGGCUGGGACGAUCCGAGAAUGCCCACCGUCCGUGGUGUUCUCAGAAGAGGUAUGACCGUAGAAGGUCUGAAAGAAUUCAUAAUCGCACAAGGAUCAAGUCGAUCGGUCGUCUUUAUGGAAUGGGACAAGAUUUGGGCGUUCAACAAAAAAGUCAUCGAUCCAAUUGCUCCAAGGUACACGGCAUUGGAAUUCGAUGAUCCGGUGAGCGUGUUUGUUUCUGGAGCUGAAACUCAAUGCAUUAGCGUUCCAAAACAUCCAAAGAACAGUGACAUUGGUAACAAGAACGUCUGGUUGGCACCUGAAAUUUUAAUAGAUCGCGUUGACGCUGAGAGCUUGAAGGAAGGAGAGAACGCCACGUUCAUAAACUGGGGAAAUCUGCUAAUUAAAAAAAUUAAUAGGAAAGGGACUAAGAUUGUUAAUGUUGAAGCUGAGCUUAAUUUAGAUAAUAAAGACUACAAGAAAACUUUAAAACUAACUUGGUUAGCAAAAACACCAAAAGCUGACUUCACGCCUACUUUCUGUGUGUAUUUUGAUCACAUUAUUAGUAAACCGUUGCUUGGCAAAGACGAAGAUUUCAAGGACUUUAUCGGCCAUCAAACAAAGAAAGAAGUUCGAAUGUUGGGAGAUCCUGAGCUAAAAAAUCUGAAACAAGGCGACAUUAUUCAGCUCCAGAGACGUGGGUUCUUCCGUGUCGACGUUACUUAUGAACCACACGAUUUAAAUAUUUGUGUUGAACAUCCAAUUGUCCUCUUCUACAUACCAGAUGGAACCAAAGAAAAACCUUUGAAUGAAGUCAAAACUGAAUCUUCAACAAAGGUUGCAUGUGCCAAACCAACGAAGACCAAGGAAGCAUCUCCAAAGGCUGUGACUACAACAACAUUGGUUACCAGUAAUGCUAAUUUGGGAGCUAAAAUAGCUGAACAAGGCAAUAAGGUUAGAGAACUGAAAGGUCAGAAAGCCGAUAAGGCCACAAUUGAUGUCGAAGUCAAGGUGUUACUCGCUUUAAAAUCUGAAUUCAAACAAGCCACGGGAAGAGAUUGGACUCCAGCCGAUGGUAACUCGCCCCAAUCGUCCGCUGUUGCCACAGACGUUAACUCCUUAAAUCAACAAAUUGUGGAACAAGGCAACAAAAUAAGACAGUUAAAGAGUGAGAAAGCUAACAAAGAAACAGUUGCCGCCGAAGUCAAGACCCUUUUAUCUCUUAAAGAAGACUAUAAAAAAGCGACUGGCAAAGAUUGGGCUCCUGGAAAUGUUGAUGCUCCACAGGUAGUUGCUCAAUCAAAUGACGCGAGCGGACUAAACCAAAAAAUAGUUGAUCAAGGAAACAAAAUUCGUAAAUUGAAGGGUGAGAAAGCUAACAAAGAUACCAUCGCAGCCGAAGUUAAGGUUCUUCUGGCACUUAAAGAAGACUUCAAGAAGGCGACUGGUAAAGAGUGGACGCCGGAAACCGCUCCCGUACACCCCACAUCUAGUGCCAACAUGGACACCCUUAAUCAAAAGAUUAUUGAUCAAGGAAACAAAGUGCGUAAACUGAAGGCAGAUAAGGCAGAUCAAAAAGUUGUAAUGGCUGAAGUCGAUGUACUGAAGAGCCUGAAAGCUGAAUACCAAACCGCGACUGGUAAAGAGUGGAAGCCUGAUGCACAGCCCGCAAAAUCCGCCCCAUCUGCUGGUGGAGAUAAUGUGGCCAAGGACGCGCUUACGGCAAAAAUCAAUGAACAAGGAAACCUUGUGCGCUCCUUAAAAUCUAGCAAUGCGGCUAAGAGUGAAGUAGAUGCCGCCGUGAAAAUAUUGCUAGAUUUGAAGGCGGAAUAUAAGAGUUUAACAGGAACAGAUUUUCCGGUAGCUGGUAGGGCACCGUCUAAACCAAAGGAGACUAAAGAAAAAGCUCCUAAACCCGCGCAACAACCCAAGGAAAAGCCUCAAAAACAAAAACCAGCUGAAAAGAAGUCAGACGGCGAUUCAGGAGUGAAAAAACAAACUCGUCUAGGCUUGGAGGCAAAGAAGUCGGAGAAUCUGCCGGACUGGUAUUCACAGGUUAUCACCAAGGGUGAGCUGAUUGAGUACUACGACGUUUCGGGUUGUUACAUCCUCAGGCCUUGGUCAUUUGCCAUAUGGGAGGCUAUUCGUGAUUGGUUUGAUAAAGAGAUAAAGAAGUUGGGCGUGCAGAACUGUUACUUCCCCAUUUUUGUUUCUAAGGCGGUACUCGAGAAGGAGAAAGAUCAUAUUGCUGAUUUUUCACCUGAGGUGGCUUGGGUGACGAAAUCCGGUGACUCUGACAUGGCUGAACCAGUUGCCAUCAGACCAACAUCCGAAACUGUAAUGUAUCCUGCUUAUGCCAAAUGGAUUCAAAGUUACAGAGACCUUCCUAUUAAGUUAAACCAGUGGAAUAACGUAGUUAGAUGGGAAUUCAAACAUCCUCAGCCAUUCCUUAGGACUAGAGAGUUUUUGUGGCAAGAAGGUCACACUGCCUUUGCUGAUAAAGCAGAAGCUGAUAAGGAAGUUCUCACCAUAUUAGAUUUAUACGCGAAAAUCUACACUGAUCUACUGGCUAUUCCAGUGGUAAAAGGCCGUAAAACUGUAAAAGAAAAAUUUGCUGGCGGCGACUACACCUUGACCGUUGAAGCUUUUAUUUCAGCUAGCGGUCGUGCCAUUCAGGGAGCUACAUCACACCAUCUCGGUCAAAACUUCUCUAAAAUCUUUGACAUUAUUUACGAGGAUCCCGAGACGCAGGAAAAGAAGUUUGUUUAUCAAAAUUCGUGGGGAUUAACCACCAGGACCAUCGGUGUUAUGAUCAUGGUCCACGCGGAUGAUCAAGGGUUAGUGUUACCACCUAGAGUUGCUGGAGUUCAAAUUGUAAUUGUACCAUGUGGUAUUACUGCCGGAUUGUCUGCUCAAGGUCGCGCCGAUCUUCAGAAAUCAUGCGACGAACUCGAGAGUGCACUUAAUGCGGCUGGUGUGAAGGUUAAGGGAGACUACAGAGAUAAUUACUCACCUGGAUGGAAGUUCAACCAUUGGGAAUUAAAGGGUGUUCCGAUUAGAAUUGAAUUGGGGCCUAAGGAUAUUGAGAAAAAUCAAUUGGUAGCAGUAAGAAGGGAUACUGGUGAAAAAUUAACAAUUCCCCGAGCAACUGCGGUUAAACAAUUGUCUGAACUCCUUGACGCAAUCCACAACACUCUUUAUCAAAAGGCGUGUCAUGAACUUGAGACUCACAAAAUCUUAUUAACCGAUUGGUCGAAAUUCGGUUCACUGUUGGAUCAAAAGAACAUACUUCUAGUACCAUUCUGUGGAGAUAAAGAUUGUGAAGAUAAAAUUAAAGCAGAUAGUACCAGGGAUGAAGAUGCAGAACCUGGUGCCCCUUCAAUGGGUGCCAAAUCUCUUUGCAUCCCAUUGGAACAACCAGCUGAAAUCAAACCAACGGAUAAAUGUAUCCAUCCAGAGUGCACAAGGAAGCCAAUAGCUUACACCCUUUUUGGAAGAAGUUAUUAAGUUAUUUCUAAUGUUAAUUGUAAUUAGAAAUAAAAUUUUCAAUAAAAUACUUUAAAUUUU